GUUGUCAAGGUAAAGAAUCCGUGAGAACUAUUUAGAAAUAGAUUUAUUAUUUGAAACGUUGUUCGUAAAUAGUAAUUUUUUAAUUAUUUUCGUGUUGUGGUUGUUAGGACUGUACAUUUAGUAAGAGGUAAAUGAAGACAGUCUUGCUGAAACAGCUGGGCUAAGAAAAGGAGAUAUAAUUGUGAAUGUAAAUAAUAAGUCGACAGCUACCUUGACUCAUUUUGAAGUACACGAAGCUAUAUCUUCCGCAGGAGUUGAAUUCAUUCUUGGAAUUAAAAGAGGCGAAUUUAUAUCUCCAGAACUUCUACAAGAUGAGGGGAAAGAAAUAGAAGUUUUUCUGCGAGAUGUUCAGGUCCUAGUGGAUGAAGAAAUAAUCGAUAAGGCUGAAGAACUUGCUGAUACGCUAGGAAAAGAAAUUUUUGCAGAAUUUGGGCAACACAAAGCAAAAAAGACCAUGACUAAGAAGAGCAACGAAAAAUUGAUGUUUUCAAAUUCAACUCAAACAUAUGUACCUACUGAAGAUAAAUAUAAACAAAAUAAAUGGUCUACAUUUUUAUUAAAGCCCGAACGACCAAUCCCAAAGCCCAAUAAGGUGAUAGAACAAGAAAAAAUUGUAGAGUCUGAGAUAGAAUUUAGAAGUAGCGAUACCCCAGAGGAGAGGGAUGGCACACAUUCCCCAGAGCUAGAUAGUUUAGGCUCUCAAGCUGAACCAGAUUCUUUGGAAGAAAAUAAUAACGAAGAAUAUUAUCGUGCAGAUAACAUUUACGAGAGAGAUGACGAAAAAUACGAAUCCGAGGAAUGUUCUGAAUGCCAUAGUGAUGAAGUUCGCGAAUAUGAUGAUGAUGAUGAUAAUUUUGAGAAUCUUAGAAAAGAUUCUAUUGGAAUGGGAAUGAAAUUUAAACCAAUUUCUGAGAUCAUAGUCGAUCCAAACUCAGAUCUUUCAAUGACACUAGAGGAGCAGCUAAGAGCAGUUCAAAAACAACUACAAGCUCUCUCCCAACUUCCGUCUGCGGUUCAAUUAACAUUGGACGCUGUUUCUAAACAAUUAGCUGAAAUUGUUAGUAGUAAAGAGGAUGAAGAAAAUGAAAAUGGCAUUGAAGAUGAAAAUGAUCAAGAAGAAGGCACUGCCUCACAAGAAGCAGCUGAAGCUGAAAGUGGGGAAGAUACAAAUUCAGUAGUUGGAGAUGAACUGGACGAUGAUUCAAUAGCAGAUGAAGAGUUAAAAGCAAUUAUGGAAAGAGCCCGGUUGGACGGUGAACACGAAGAAGAACAAGAACAAGAAGAUUUGGAAGAACUUGCAAGAAUUAAGCAAGAAGAAGAGGAAGCAAGACAAAGAGCAGAGGAAGAGAGACAAAGAGAAGAGGAAGAGAGACGAAAAGAGGAGGAACUAGCAGCAAAAAAAGAAAAGGAGAUGGAAGAUCAACAAAAAGCAACGUUCAGACCCAUAGUUCUUCCCGGGGGGAGAAAGUGGAUAGAUCCUGAUGAUGUCGUACCGACUAGAAAACCCAAAAUGACUGAUGAAAAGAUAAUGGAGACUAUAGACAGUAAUUUGGAGGUCAUUGCAGGAAAAAGAAAAGGGAUUAACUUUAUGAAAUAUACCCCACCUCCAAAGAAAUUGGACCAUUUGCAAAACUCUGAAGUAUACCGCCUCAUCCAUGGCAUGGAACCACCUACUAGAGGUAUAACAACACGACCUGAGAAGAUAUUGCCAGAACAAGAUUAUUAUCAGGCUGGCCACGAAAAUGCAUAAGCCGUAAAUUAGUUCUUAUUGUAUACUUAUUUUAGGAAUAAAUUAAUAUUUAAGG